AUGGACUCCCCGCGUCGGUCGCGGAACCGCGCUGCGUGUCGGAGAUGUCAGAGACGGAAGAUCCGCUGCGACGGGGAUCUGCCCCGCUGCGCGUCGUGCAGAAAGGCCAAUGUCGACUGCGUGACUGAUGGCAAGCAGGAGGUCAGUCGGACCUAUAUCGCAAAUCUCCAAAAAAGAGUGCAAUGGUUGGAGGCUUUGAUCCAGGAGCAGGACAAAAGUAUCCGUCUCGAGGAUGGCCCGCAAGUCGACUUGUCAGAUACAUCACUCCUUGAACCCACAGAGGGCGGAACACAGCUUGAGCCGGCCACGUCGGAAGACAACCGAGCCCAGCGGUCACACACACCUCACGUCGAUAACGAACAAACAGUGCAUGCAGACCAGCAACCCCGGACACAAUCAAGACCGGCUCACGAAAUCGGCCUUGUCUCUCUUCCCUCCGGAGGUGAGCCCAGAUACAUCGGUCCCUCGAGUGGAUAUUUUCUAGCAAACCUCGUUUUUUCCAACGCGGGCCGGCGCGCAGCAUCAUCCCGGGAGAAUGUCCAAGGCAGUGGUGAAGGCCCGAUUCGGCCUAUGUCUCUGUCCUCGGAUUUCUUCAACACCCCGGCUCAACUUCCUACCCGCAAAGAGGACGCAAUGGAACUCACCUCAAAGUUCUUCAUGUCAGUGCAUUUGAUGUACCCAUUCCUGCACGAGCCCUCCCACUUGACCAGACUGGAGAGGAUGUACUCUUCAACCAACCACGACCCCGUUGAUGCCUUUCACGUCUACAUGGUACUCGCCAUAUCGGCUUCGGACCUCGCACGCAGAUUCCGACUUCCUCUCCCGGCGGAGGGGUACUAUACGGCAGCGGCAGCGCACUUCGAACUUGCAUGUGCGGAGGGGUCUCUCCAGGGACUCCAAAGUCUAUUACUACUGAUGGUCUACGGCCUUCACAAUCCAUCCUGCGAUAUUAAUGUGUGGAGCGUGAAUUAUCAAUGCCUGAGUGCGUUAAUUGACCUGGGUCUGCAACGGGAUGUUCGCACAUCUCCGGCAUUCCCUAUAUCAUAUCUGGAGCAGGAAAUGAGGACGCGCAUCUUUUGGGUUGUAUACAGCUUCGAUCGCACACUAGGAACGAUGAUGGGCCGACCGAUCGGAAUAAGAGAUGAAGCAUGUGAACUGCGGCUUCCCUCCGAUGCAUCUGACAAUGAUCUUCUUGGGCCAACACCCACGAGUGAAGCCAUCAACACGCCAACAUCGCACAUGACAUUUUCAAUCCAUUUCUUCAAAUUGGCACAAAUCAAUUCUGAGAUCAAAUAUGUCAUGCACAGUAUCUGUAGAGAUACGCCACGAUAUGCCUACCCUCCUGUGGCAGACAUUCACUUAUGGCAAAAAGAAAUGAUUGAUCGUUUACACUCAUGGCUUGCAGAAAUACCUAUGGCACCUUCGAGCGACUCAAUUGUGAAGAUUUGCGAGUGCAAGUAUCACGAAAUGAUGAUCUUGAUCCUCCGACCGAGUCCCGGCAUCCCAGAUCCUUCAGAGGAAAUGCUCGGUCAAUGCUUCCAGCAUGCCGUGUAUCUUCUUCGUGAAUUCGGGGGGCUUUACCGCCAAGAAGCUCUCUUAUACAGCCGACUUGUAGUGCACUCAAUCUUUUUGAGUACCCUCAUCAUGCUCCAUUGCCUAUGGAGACUCCCCCGGGUCGCCUCCGAGGUGCAAAUAGACGAAGUGGUGGCGGACACGAGCAUCAGCCUCAACAUCCUGAGCAGCAUAGGAGAGUACUGGACCGAAGCCAAACGAGCCAGAGACUGCAUCCACGAGUUAUCCGGUGCCACUGUUCAAAGACUUCUCAAAGUGAGGAGUUUGGAAUCUGCGAAUCCGACGAGACCCAGAGUUAAUCAACUGAGCUCCGGUUCUGGGAGAGCUUCAAGGUCCCACGCUACAACGCAGGCUGUGGAACUCCUUCCUACACCCCAGGCUGAUACUGGACUCGACGGUGUGCCGGAUAACCCCUUUAUGGAUGAGUUUGAUCCCGCCCUUGAUUCUAUGAGCUGGCUGAAUGAUACUAUGCCAGGGGGCUUUAUGGACUUCGGAGGCGCUCCUGACUUUGAUACUUUGAUGUGGGAAGUUUUCAAUUCCAACUCGCGCUAA